GUUGCGCACUUUCCAGUCUGCCCUUGGGGUGCAGCUUGCACAACGUGGUCUGGGUGCCGAGCUCUGCGGGUCGCAUUUUAGCAUCUGGAUUCUUUCUACCUGGCUGAGACUGACUGGUGUGAAAUAUGAGUGUACGAGUAAGAUCAAGAUCUAGAGGAAGGGGAGAUGGUCAAGAGUCUUCUGAUACGGCUGAAACUGUGGCUGCCCAGAAACUAGGUGGCAAAAAACCUCAACGCAGCGAACCACCAGCUCAGAAUGUAGACAUUGAACCUGGACAAGAGAAAGAAGGAGGAGCGUCUGUGGUUCAAGAACCUGAAUUGGAAGAUCCCCGCCAGGAAAUGGAUGUGGAAAAGAUUGAAGGUGAUGGACAGUGAGAAGUUAAAAAGAAGACAAGCUGAAGCCAUAC